AUGUCUGAACAGUCCAGCGAACCGCGAAUAAAGUCGCACAAGAGGAACGUCGCCCACCGUCGACGCCGGGAUGACGACGAUUUCGAGGACCGGUGGGGCGAUGAAGAGGUUGCCGAGGACGACGACGCAGAUGGACACGCGCAGGCUGAAUUCCCAGAGUCGUCGUCCAAACGGGUGAAAUUGUCUGAUGGCUCGGCAUCGCAUCGGGCGAAGAAUUCCACACCCACCCCUCCACCAGAAACGGAAGAGGAGAAAGCACAAAGGGACCGAAAGGAGCGAGACGAAUUCGCGAAGCGGUUGGCAAAGAAGGACGAAGAGCGGGCGAAGAAGAUCGUGGAAGACAGGUCCGCUGCAAAGGACAGUGCGACGGCGCAGCGGCGGGCAUUGGCAGACGAUGCGUCCGCGAGAGACGCUGCGAUGCCGGAUUUGAGGCUUCGGUCCCGUCAGGACUACCUUAAGAAGCGGGAAGCCGAGAGGUUGGCUCUGCUGCGCAAACAGGUCGCUGAGGAGCAGCAGGAGUUGAGGGACAACCCGGACCUGACGCGGCGGGAGAAGGAGGAAUUCGCGCGCAACAAGGAGAUCCUGCGCAUCGCGGAGGAGAGGCUGGCCAUUGACGAUCACUUGGACGGCUAUGCCUUGCCGGAAGACUACAUUACCGAGAAAGGGAAAAUCGACAAGCGGAAGAAGGAACAAGCACUCUACCAACGUUAUGUCGAUCGCGACGAGGCCGGCCGAGAACGCUAUGUCACCGAGCACGAAGAGUGGGAGAGAGAGCAAACCAAGCGAGCCGAGGCCCAGAUCAAGAAGUCCGAAUUCGUAGACGAAGGCGACUACGGCUACGUGUUCGACGAAAGCCAGCAAAUGAAGUUCAUCCUGGCGGACAAGCUGGAGGGGGACAAGGGGAUGACCAAGGAGCGCAGAGAAAUGGAACAGCGGCUCAACGCGGCAGAAGCAAAAGCCAAGAGCAUCGAGGAGACGAGGAAGAGUCUACCCAUUUACCAAUUCCGAGACGAGAUCAUCCAAGCCGUGAAAGACCAUCAGGUCUUGAUCAUCGUAGGCGAAACUGGCAGCGGGAAGACCACUCAAUUGCCACAGUACUUGCACGAAGCGGGUUUCACAAAAGGUGGCAUGAAGAUCGGAUGUACUCAACCGCGAAGGGUUGCUGCCAUGUCCGUUGCAGCCAGAGUAGCAGAAGAGAUGGGCAAGCGGCUAGGGAACGAAGUGGGCUACGCCAUCCGCUUCGAAGACAACACCAGCGAGAAGACGGUCCUCAAGUACAUGACCGACGGCAUGCUGCUGCGAGAACUGCUCACCGACCCGGAACUCUCUCAAUAUUCGGCCCUCAUGAUCGAUGAGGCUCACGAACGCACCGUCUCCACCGACAUCGCGUGCGGCCUGCUCAAGGACAUCGCCCGCGCCAGACCAGACCUCAAGCUCCUGAUAUCCUCUGCAACCAUGGAUGCCCGCAAAUUCCAGAAGUACUUUGACGACGCACCCAUCUUCAACAUCCCGGGAAGAAGAUACGCGGUCGACGUGCAUUACACGGCCCAACCGGAGGCGAAUUACCUGGCCGCGGCGAUCACGACGGUGUUCCAGAUCCACAUCACGCAAGGACCAGGCGACAUCCUCGUGUUCCUGACGGGCCAAGAGGAGAUCGAAGCCAUGGAAGCAAGCCUGCAAGAGACGGCGCGCAAACUAGGCAGCAAGGUCAAAGAGAUGAUCAUCUGUCCCAUUUACGCCAACCUCCCAACCGACCUGCAGGCCAAGAUCUUCGAGCCGACGCCCGCCGGCGCCAGGAAGGUCGUCCUCGCCACCAACAUUGCAGAGACGUCCCUGACCAUCGACGGCAUCGUCUACGUCAUCGACCCCGGCUUUGUCAAGGAGAACCAGUACAACCCACGCACAGGGAUGGAAUCCCUCGUCGUGGUGCCGUGCUCACGCGCCUCGGCGGGCCAACGAGCGGGGCGCGCGGGUCGCGUCGGCCCAGGCAAGUGCUUCCGCCUGUACACGUCGCAGGCGUACAAGAACGAACUGGACGAGAACACGACGCCGGAGAUCCAGCGGACCAACCUGUCGGGGGUGAUCCUACUGCUCAAGUCGCUGGGCAUCAACGACCUGCUCGACUUUGACUUUAUGGACCCGCCGUCGACGGACACGAUCGUGCGCGCCGUGGAACAGCUGUACGCGCUCGGCGCGCUCAACAACGCCGGGGAACUGACCAAGAUCGGGCGGCAGAUGGCCGAGUUCCCGACGGACCCGAUGCUGGCGCGCGCCAUCCUCGCGGCGGACAAGUACGGGUGCGUGGACGAGGUGCUGUCCAUCAUCGCCAUGCUGGGCGAGGCGUCGGCGCUGUUCUUCCGGCCCAAGGACAAGAAGAUCCACGCCGACAGCGCGCGCGCGCGCUUCACCAACAAGGACGGCGGCGACCACCUGUCGCUGCUGAACAUCUUCCACGAGUGGGUCGACAGCGACUACAGCUUCGUGUGGGCCAAGGAGAACUUCCUGCAGCAGCGCAGCCUGACGCGCGCGCGCGACGUGCGCGACCAACUCGCCCGGCUGUGCGACCGCGUCGAGGUCGACGCUGCCAAGUCGUGCGGCGGGGCCAGCAACAUCGAGCCCAUCCAGAAGGCCAUCACGGCCGGGUUCUUCCCUCACUCGGCGCGGCUCCAGCGCGACGGGCAGAGCUAUCGCACCGUCAAGAACGGGCAGGUCGUCUACAUCCACCCGUCGGGCGUGCUGAUCGAGACGCGGCCGAAAUGGGUCAUCUACCACGAAUUGGUGCUCACGAGCAAAGAGUACAUGCGCAGUUGCAUGCCGUUGAAGCCCGAGUGGCUCAUCGAGGUGGCACCGCAUUACUACAAAAAGAAGGAUCUGGAGAGCCUGGGCGUGGAGCGGAAGGUGCCGAGAGGAGAGGGUAAAGGGCAGAGUAAGAUUUGA